CCCAGCGCUUGCUCACAUCCGGUCGUAUAUAUUUUGCCACGAGUUAGCGGCGAAUUUGGAGAGGGUCCAUUUUGAGCAGCGAGUCGGCGUCUCCGUUAUUUUCCCCCUUAAAUCUUUUAAGAGCCCACCGUCAGAAUGGCAGAUGCAGAGACUCUCCUCAUGGAGACAUCGGACCAGAACGGAGCCGAGGGUGAGGAGGACCAGAAUGGAGCGGAGCAGGAGCUGAUGGGUGGAGAGGACGAGUGCCUGGAAAGCCAAGAUGGCCAGGAAAGCCAGGACAAUGGUGGAGAUGGAGGCAAGAUUGAUGCCAGCAAAGGAGAAGAGGAUGCUGGUAAAAUGUUCGUGGGCGGCCUCAGCUGGGACACGAGUAAAAAAGACCUGAAGGAUUACUUCAGUAAGUUUGGUGAGGUGUCAGACUGCACCAUCAAGAUGGACUCCAACACCGGCCGAUCCCGAGGCUUUGGCUUUGUUCUCUUCAAAGACGCCGCCAGUGUUGAAAAGGUGCUGGAGCAGAAAGAACACAGACUGGACGGACGUCCCAUUGACCCCAAGAAGGCGAUGGCCAUGAAGAAGGAGCCCGUCAAGAAGAUCUUUGUUGGGGGUUUGAAUCCCGAGGCGACUGAAGACGCCAUCAGGGAAUAUUUCGGGGCCUUUGGAGAGAUCGAAACCAUUGAGCUUCCAAUUGACCCCAAAUCAAAGAAAAGGAGGGGUUUCAUCUUCAUCACAUACAAAGAAGAAGCCAGCGUCAAGAAGUGUCUGGAGAAGAAAUACCACAACAUCCAGGGCGGCAGGUGUGAGCUUAAGAUCGCCCAGCCAAAGGAGGUGUACCAGCAGCAGCAGUAUGGAGCAGGACGUGGUGGUGGUGGUUAUGGUGGCCGGGGAGGAAGGGGCCGUGGAGGUCAGAGCCAGGGCUGGAACCAGGGCUACGGAAACUACUGGAACCAGGGAUAUGGUAACCAAGGCUAUGGCUACAGUGGAUACAGUGGCUAUGGCAACUACGACUACUCUUCUGGUUACUAUGGAUACGGUCCCGGAUAUGAUUACAAAUGCUUCUGGCAUUGACAUCAUGAAGAUCAGGAUAGAGGAGCCAACAAUACUCAUGUACAUCUAUCACAUCCAGUCAAUGGAUAUGGAUACUUUUAAUAUAUUAAUUGCCACUUGUUCCAAAGUUUUUAAACCUUUCCAGCAUUUAAUGUAGAUCUGACUUUAACUUGACCAAAAAAAGUCAUGUUUUAUGUUGCAAUAAACAUGUCGGCAAUAUUGUCCCCUGUUCAUGUUAGUUCAUGUUUUUUCCCUACAGUUUUGAUUAUUGUAAAAAUUGGUCUUACGUUUAAUUCUGAAUGGCAUUGAUAAGUCUUCAUUCAAACUUGCCUUAAACUGUUGAAACCCUGCAUUAGGGAUGCACCAGUUAAACUGUCUCAUACCGAAUCCUAUGGAUUGAUUAAUAGUUUAUUAGUUUGAAUAAGAUUCAGUAUAUUGUGUCAGUGCACGACCAUGACUGUCUGAUUAUGCCAAACUAUUGUCAGAGUAAACGUUGCCAAAUUAAGA